AUGGCACCAAUCCGUGCAGCUACAGAUAUCGAGCUAGCCAACUCUAUCGAAGACUACCGUCCGGGCUACCCACAACUAUCCGCCCUCAUCGCCGCAGACAGCUGCUUCCACAUUUGCCGCCGUUUCUCCACUGUGCGUGCCCGACUCCUGCUAAUCAAGCAGGACAAACUCUCUUCCCUUGAGCAACAGCUCGAAAACACCGAUUACGACGAGCAGGCCCCGCUCUUCCUCAGCUGCAGCCGACUAGAUCGAAACAGCAAAAGACUUGCAUUGCUAGACGAAAUCGACACAAGAUUAGCAGAUUACGAUGCAUUCGUCAAACGAGGAAAAGACAUUCUAUCUUUCACCCAAGCACCAACCCGCAGCAUACACAGUCUGAAAAACUUUGUCAGAAACACAGCGUGUCUCGGCCGCACCGAGCGCGAAUACCUGUCGCGAGAGCGCGAUCUGAUGACGCUCGGUCCAGAGCAAGAGUCCGGUGUGCAAGCAAUGCAAGCCUGGGUCGAAGACGUGAUUAUUUCCAUGAUUGAGCAUUGCAAAAAGGGUCCGAAACGAUCCGUCUCGCGCGACGCAAAUAUCUUCAUUUUCAACGGUGCACUUAGUGCAUUCAUAACACGCUUUCUCAUUGCGUGUAUCCUAGUCGCCGUCUUGCUUGCGCCUGUUCUUCUCUGCAACUUGCUAGAGGGAGAGAAGAGUCGCAUGAUGGUUGUUGUAUUUGCAACUGUGCUCGUUGUUGCCAUGUUGUCGAUGCUGGAGAAAACGAAUACGGUGCCGUUGUUCAUCGCUGGUACGGCGUACGCAACGGUUUUGGUGGUGUUUGUGUCGGAGUAG